UGCACAGGAACGGCUUCCUCAUAAUUGGUAUACAAGCAGAAAAAUUUACGAACCUGAAAGCCCCGCCAGAGAGAGCAAGUGCAGAUGAGCGGGAAAGUUUAUCGGAUCGCAGAGCGUUCUCCGGGCUCCCGACAACCGGUACUAAUGGACACCACGCACGGCGUCACCAGAAGCCCCGGCAACACACUUUCAAGCCUCCUGUCAUGGGGUUACGAAGUGGAUCAAAUGAGAAGAUCAUGCCGGACGGGCCUCAUUGCAUCCAAUCGAAGUAAUAGACAUCCAGCGAGCAUGGCUCUCAGGCCGCCACGACGGAGGCUCACCCAAAGUUACCAAAUUCUAGAAAACAUUCGAUUGAUCUUCUCAAAAAGAGCGACCUGCGACUUCUUCAUGUUGAUGAUAGGCAGCUUAUUAGGCAUGUCAAGGCCAAAGGGGUGGAGGGGACGUCCGCGAAGCCUGCUGAGGAAGCAGGACGCAGGAAUGUGGUUUUAGAUCUGAAAAGCUACGUGGAAACCGCAGCUACAUGUCGGUCAUUGCGUGAUAGGACUGGGAAGAACAAGAACGCAG